AUGUCUUUACCAAUAGAAACUGCACUACCAAACACAAAAGAAUGUUCCGACCAGUCAUCUUUAGAUCUCAAAACUCCGUCUCAAUCCUAUUGUCCAACACAAUCUCAAUCCCAAUCUGAAUGCGACUGUAUAGAGAAAAAAGACGCAUCAAAUGCAUCAGUACCGAUCGAUCCUGAAGCAGGACAACGGAGGCGGAAGGAAAAGCCUCUGUCAUUCUAUCUUGCAUUUAUAGCUCUGCUAUUAAUGGUCUUCUUGGUGUCCUUGGAUGCCACCACGUUGGCCGUUGCAAUCCCGGCCAUCACCGAUGAACUUUCCGGGACGACUUUGACCGCAUUUUGGGCCAACAUCUCCUUUACAGUAGCAGUCGUGGCCAUCCAGCCUAUUUACACCAGUUUCUCGGACAUUUUUGGUCGUAAGCUCCCUCUUUACGUGGCGUUUGCUCUCUUCGGUAUUGGAUCAAUCGUCUUCGCAGUCGCGCACAGCAUGGCAGUUCUGAUUCUAGGGCGUGUGCUACAAGGACUGGGCGGAGGCGGACUCGACGUCCUGAGUGAGGUCAUUGUCGCCGAUAUCACUACUCUGGCAGAGAGGGCUGUAUACAUUGGAUUACUAUCCCUUCCAAUGGCUGCAGGGUGCAUCGCGGGUCCCAUUCUCGGCGCAGUCUUCAGUGAGUAUGUUACCUGGCGAUGGAUAGGCUGGAUUAAUCUGCCUAUAACUGGCCUUGCACUCUUUCUGGCUAUCUUCUUUAUGCGACUGAAACCAAUUGAACAGUCCCUUCGCUCCAAGAUUGGCCGUAUCGACUGGCUUGGAAUGCUACUGUUUACGGCCGGUUGUGUUCUUCUCGCGCUACCGCUUAGCUGGGCAGGGAAUAUGUACCCUUGGAGCUCGUGGCGAACCAUAGUCCCGCUGAUCAUUGGUGUUCUGAUCGUGGUGGGAUUUGCAUUUUACGAGGGUUAUCAGACUGACGCUGUCUUCCCCUACCGUAUCUUCCGCUCGAGAACGGCACAGAUGACUCUUCUUGGAAGCUUCAUCCAUGGCUUCGUGCUUUAUACUCUUCUACAGUAUCUUCCACUAUUUUUCCAAGCGGUCUACCUCGAAACACCUCUCAAAUCAUCCAUUUCGAUCCUGCCAUUCUGCUGUGUGGUCUUUGUUUUUACAGGAAUUGCCGCCUUCGCCGUUGAUUUCUUCCGGAAAUACACGUGGGAAAUCUGGACUGGAUGGGUGUUUCUCGCUGUUGGUUGUGGUAUUUUCUCAGUGUGGGACCAAUCCUCCUCAACAGCCAUGACUGCUAGUUUCCAGGUGAUUGCGGGGAUUGGCAUUGGCACAAUAUUCAGCGUCCCUCCAAUCCCAAUGCAAGCCAGUGCUGCAUCUGAUGACCAGGGUCUCGCAAUGGGAAUAAUGGUCGCAUUCAGGCUAUUUGGUGCCCUUAUUGGGCUUGCGGUUGGUGCCACUACAUUCAGUAGUGUCUUCGCCAACAGGAUUGACAGCGUCGCAUUACCUCCUUCUUUGGCAUUAUUGAAAGACCCCGGUGAGGUCGUAAGCUUUAUUCCCUAUCUACGAACAGCCGACAUCUCCCCAGCUCUGCGGGACCUCAUUCGAGAGACAUACAAAGACGCUAUGCAAACAAUCUGGUAUGAACUGGCAGCAUUUGGGGCAUUGGGGUUUUUGAGCUCUCUGUUCGUGGAGGAAUUGACUAUUGAGACGGAAGAGCUGGGUCGGCAGCAUUUCGAACGUGAAUCAGACUGA